GCCACUUUUGAGUUACACAAGAGCGCUCGGAGGAUCUCAUUUGAUCCAAAGGAUUGCUUUGUGGCUUUUUCUUUUUUUUCCCUUCUUGCGUAGUUGACGCCCCGAAAAUUCGCACUGAUCAAGGACGCUUGUAUCAUCGGCAGGUUUUUGUCAUUUUGUAUUUUCCAGGCAGAUGCGAGCGGCGGUGAAGCAGCGGCAAAGACUUUGGUGCUUUUUACCUUCUAGGGAAAAAGCGACUCGCUUUUUUUUGGGGGGGGGGGGAGGGGGGGGGUCGGGGUCGGGGGGUUCAAAGCUCAUCUCCCUUGUUUGGACGCCUCCGCAGUCGAGCUGAGCGCUGAAAAAGAAAGUGACUUAAGUGGGCAAAAUAAUAACAACAAAUACUACUACAAGUACUAAUAAAGACAAGGCAACUUUUGGGAAAUGAGCCAAAGUAGCAGACAGUCGUCGUCGUCGUCUUGUCGCGCAUUUUGGCCGUCGGGCGACAAAGCGCCGGCCGGCGAAGAUGUGCCGCCGACCGUCUUUGCGGCCCGAAACUCGGCAGGAGGCGAGACGAGCGGGCUGACGGCAGCCGGCACCGGGACCGGUUUCGGGGCGCACGGGGCCGGGAAGCGGAGCGGCGCGCAGGCGGCGGCGGCGACGGCGGCGGUCGCCCCUCGCAAGGAUUCUUCCCACGCCAUCUCGGAGACCGCCCGCGAGCUCUGCAAAGCCGUGUCCGUGUCCCUGGGGCUGUCGGCGGACCCGAGCGACGCCGGCGACUUGGCGCACGCGCUCCCCUACCGAGCGGGGGGAGCCGCCGCAAAGUACCGGGGCUCGUCGUCGGGGCGCGAGGAGCGCAACGCCAUGUUUCCGAGUUCCGAGGCGACGGCGACGACGUCGACGUCGACGUCGGCUGAAUGGCGCGUCAUUCCGGCCGCUUUGGGGCGCGCGGAGUUCGCGCGGCGAGACUCGAGCGAGUUCACGUGCGAGCUGCUCGACUUGCCCGCGUGCGCCUUCGCGGCGCCGGCGGGGUCCCGAGCCUACAAGCCCCCGGAGGCGUCCGCCGGCGGCUGCCAACUGGAGCGCUUCGGCGUGGCCGUCAAGUCGGAGGUUCCGAAGGGCCCGUCCGUGCAGGCGCACUGGGCCACCGACUGGGACGCGUACGACGGCCCCCGGCUGUGGGGCUCCGGGCGGUGCGCGACGCCGCCGCCGCCGCCGCCGCCGCCGCCGCCCGCGACGGCCUUCAUCUGCGAGCCGUACGAGAGGAGCGCCGGCGCCACCGGGCAGUGGUACCCGCCGAGCGGGAUGUUGGGGCCGCCGUACGCCACCGGCAGCUCCAUCAAGACGGAGGCGGGGGAGUGGACGGGGGUCGCCUACGACGACCACAGGUUUGAGACGGGCAGAGAGCAAAUGUUCCCCAUGGAGUUGUUCUUCCCGCCACAAAGAACGUGCCUGAUCUGUUCGGACGAGGCGUCCGGCUGCCAUUACGGUGCGCUCACCUGCGGCAGCUGCAAAGUUUUCUUCAAGAGAGCCGCGGAAGGCAAGCAGAAAUACUUGUGCGCCAGCAAGAACGACUGCACCAUCGAUAAGCUGAGGAGAAAAAACUGUCCAUCUUGUCGGCUGAAGAGGUGUUUCGAAGCUGGGAUGACUCUCGGAGCACGCAAGCUAAAAAAGAUUGGACAACCCAAAAACCCGAAAGAGGAUAAACCUGUUCAGGAUCCGGCAAAGCUUGUCAGGCAUCUGGCCCCUGAAAAAACCCUGACCUCCAACUCUCAGGCGGUCUUCUUCAACAUCCUGGAGUCCAUCGAGCCGGAGGUGGUGAACGCGGGCCACGAUUACGGCCAGCCCGACUCGGCAGACAAUCUGCUCACCAGCCUCAACGAGCUCGGAGAAAGACAACUUGUCAAAGUGGUCAAAUGGGCCAAAGGACUCCCGGGUUUCCGGAAUCUCCACGUGGAUGACCAAAUGACCGUCAUCCAGCAUUCGUGGAUGGGCGUGUUGGUGUUCGCCUUGGGCUGGCGCUCCUAUAAGAACGCCAACGGCCAGAUGCUCUACUUCGCGCCCGAUCUCAUCUUCAACGAGCACCGGAUGCAUCUCUCCACUAUGUACGAACACUGCGUCCGAAUGAAGCACCUGUCGCAGGAGUUCAUGCUGCUGCAAGUCACGCAGGAAGAGUUCCUCUGCAUGAAGGCCUUGCUCCUCUUCAGCAUUCUUCCAGUGGACGGUCUGAAGAACCAGCGGUACUUCGACGAGCUGCGCCUCACCUACAUCACCGAACUCAAGCGGCUGGUUAGUUACCGCAUCACGGCCAAUUGUCCGCAGAGGUUCUACCAACUCACGCGACUGCUCGACUCGCUCCAGAUGACUGUAAAGAAGCUGCAUCAGUUUACGUUUGACCUGUUCCUCCAAGCUCAGUCGGUGCGCACCAAUGUGAGCUUUCCAGAGAUGAUUGGCGAAAUCAUCUCAGUCCAUGUACCAAAGAUGCUGGCAGGUUUGGCCAACCCCAUCAUGUUUCACAAGUAGAAUGUGAUUGGUUUCAUUUUGUAAUUUUUUUUUUUGGGGGGGGGGGACCCCGCAAUCAAGAAGUAACACAGCUUUGCUGCCAGCAUAAACUGUAACAAUGGCUUUGUACUGUUUCCUCAACUCAUAUUCAUGUUCUCUGGUCAUUUUCUCUGAUAUUUUAAGCCACAUUAAGAUUUUUUUUUGUGGGUCAUCAGAUCAGCUCAAGCUUGUCCGUUUCGGUUCCGUGUUGUCGGUCCGAGCUGAGAUGCUACAAAGCAAACACGCACACUGUUUGCAAAUCAACCUCACACUUACCAGGAGGCUGACAAACAUGUUCCACACUCUCCAGACACUUCAUUAGGUACACCUGCGCAGUCAAAGCCGAGACGAUCCAAUACACGAGGUGCCUUCACAAAGGUGCUAUUGCUCCGUUUUAUUUGACACUGUCAGAUUUCACUCACUCCCGCUCACUCCUCCUCCUCAGUCCCAACCAGUCGUACGCGCUUCUACGGUCGCUCUUCGGUGAAAGAUCGGCCAAAAGCAUGCUUGAUGGUUGUGUUUUAGUCGCCGUAGAACGACAGUCAGUGUUGCACACAUGCACUGCGUACUGAACACUUUUGUACGCCCAAAGUAAGUCCACAGCACGGUUAGCAGAGGGUUUGGGAUGACAGUAAGACGAACGAGGGACAUACGGUAAUUGUACAAGUGGCGUACCUCAGGAGUCAUGCGCAAGUACUCCACAUUUAGGCGGCCCAAAAACAGAAGCGCAUUGAACUUUUGUCUUAUGUGUGGUGUGCGCACAGACCUCUGUGGGCAACUACAUGCAUGUAGCAUUGUAGAAGAAAAUGGCCGGCGUUAUACCACCGCAAUGACUCAGACGGUGAUCUCUCUCGGUAGCUUCUGGAAGCUGAGGGGAGAGAGAAGGCGAGAUGUUACCAGCGGCUACGGCAGCCCCAUCCAUUCGCCUGAAACGGAGUACGCGCCCUGUAGGAUUUUGGCGAUUUGUUUUCUUUGUCGUAGUAGUGGUUUAUUCCGAACAUAUUCUAGUCUUGUUCAAUUUUCUCCUGGUCUAUAUCUCAGCAUCUGUAAGUGUGCCGGGAGACGGGCUGCUGCUGAGACCCGAAGCCUCAAAGCGAAUUGUACAAUUACGGUUUGAAUCAAACAUUUUUUUUAAACACUGUAAACGCAUGGAAAGGGUCGACAGUUAAAUUCAAAACAAAAUAGCACCAACAGCUCUCGGACCGAUGCAGUUACGUUCGGCACCAGUGCGGCGGCGCCAACUACAAUAAUAAUCAAUAUAUUGUUAAAUGAAUACCUUUCUAUCAACGUCUGUGUGUGCGGAACUUAGGUGAAACAUUUUUGAUAGUGUUUUGUAUUGGAGCAGUUUUGGCCAGUGAACAGGCACCAUCUGGUGCUGACUACUUGGGGGGGGGAAAAGUUAGCUAAUUGGAUUUUUCAGUUUUUGUUUUUUUUUUAAUUAAAAAAAUGUGCCUCUUUUGAGUGCUACUCCCAAGUCAGCCACUCCCGAUGUUGGAUGUACUUUUUAAAAGAAGACAUACAAUGCACAUGACAUAAGCUGGAUCUACACUGUAGGUCCCGAGUGCCCAAUUCAAAUUUCAUGACUCAUUUUUUUUCUUCUGUUUUUUUAACAUUUCAAGUGACACAUAUUUGGUAAGGCUGUGUUUCGAUUCCCUUGAACACAUGAAACAACCUGCAAAUUACUCCGCAUGCGCCAACGCUGAGAUAACUAAUGCCAAUAUUCAACGUGAAUAUUAAUGAAUGAAUUAUGCAAUUAUAUUUGGCCCGCAAGACCAUAUCAAAUGUGUAUUAGAGCUGGCCCGCCAAUAUAUAGCACACGCGCCACUAAUAUUCCAAAUCCCAGAAUGCUUUGCUAGUGUGUCGGCCCAUCAGCGCAGAACGGCCGUUAGCAACUACAACAGUUGCUAACGGCAACAGUUGCCGUUAGCAACUGUUGCGGCCGUUAGCAACUACGCUACCGGUCUCCUCGUGCAAAUGUACACUUUCCCUUCCCAAAAAUGGCCAAACGAAAGAUGGAAAACGGUGAACUUCCAAGACAAGUGGGAGGGCAGAUUGUCUGUUCACUAAAAGACAGAACUGCUUGUCGUGUACGCAGCACCGUGGCUGGAACGAACAAUAGAACAUCAUUGAAUUCGUGUUUUUUUUUUUUUUUUUUUUUUUUUUUAUAAAUGCCCUUUAUCAACUCCUAGGCAGGGACUGUUAAUAGUUUGAAGUUUGGAUUUUUAUUGAAGGACAUUCUUAUUUUUUGGGGUUGUUGGCCUUUGAAAAAAGAUUGACAUCCAAAGGAAAGGUAAUUGGAGAUAGAUAAGAAAAAGAUGGAGAGACAGAAGAAUUGGUGUUCUCUAUUCGAACGCAAACCGACAAAUACCGCUGAUGUCUUUUAUCGCAAAUUUUAUUUCUUGUGUUUAUAAUAUUAAAGUUUGUUUAUUCCGGAUUCAGUGUUUCAGCAAAAAUGUAAGUUUGUUGCCAUAUAAUCAACUUUUAACGCUACAUUUCCGGAGAGAAGGGAAACAUGUACAUCGCAGUGAUUGUUCACUGAAUGUUGAGUUUGGCCCGCGACGACGUCCCGAUUUCCCGUCAUUUUGGCCCACCGUGAAUUUGAGUUUGACACCCCUGGGCCAGACCAGUAAUGACUUUGGGAAGCUCGCUCACAUCAAAUGAAAGGCAGGCAUUUCAUUUUAGAAGUGCCUUAAUGUCACAUUGUUUGAAAUUGGUCUCCAACAUCUCAACCGGAGACAUUUGUAUGACAUUAUAUGAGAAAUCGAGCCUCCUUGGUGCCAGUGAUUGAAAGAAAAAAAACGGCUUUUCACCCUUGUACAGACAAAAGAUGACAAUCACUUUCCAUCAGAGGCAGGCAUUACAACAGCGCAAACAUUUUUCAUUCAGUGUGCCGUGUGUUCAAAAUAGCCGAUGACUCCAUGGCGCAUUCAUGUCUGAAACUUGUCGUUUGUAAGAAAACCGAAGCACACGUCAUUUUUGACAAUUACAUGUUUGGAAUUGAUUCUUGAGGUCUGCUGUUUUGAAGCAGUCGUGGCAAAAUGGGGCGCACUUCUCGGCUGCUACCAGCAGAGGCACUGUCGACGCUGCUAGUUUGCGGUCCGCAGAACAAGACCACGCUCAGCGAUGGGAAUUUCGCUACAUCCACAAAUGCUCUCCAAAUUGUAUAUAUAGCUUCAUGUCAUAUGUUUGCUUCAAAGAAAUAACAGAAGAAAAAAAUGAGGAUUUUCCCCGUAAUGAAGCAAGGAAAUUGAGUCAAAUGCCCAUCCCGAGGCACAACUUCUGUGAGCGCGAUAAUUGUACUCAAUCCAACAAUGGCGCGGAAAUUGGCGUUCAGAACAUUCCGAGAACCAAUUCUUUGAAAAAGGUUAUUUGAAAAUAAUCGGUCCGUUGAUUGUUGGACUAGUAAAUGUAAUCUCGACCUCCGUAUUGAUUCUCGUUCAAAGCGCACGGACGGGCUUACGCAGUACUCGGGAGCGGCAUUUGUCCACAGUUGCACAUAAAUCUUCGAGUCGUUGCUUCACUCCUGAGCACUUGUGUGUUCGGCUUUGAUAACGAAAUGGAUUUCCUGAUCUGUGUUCAUUUGGAAUCACUAAAAUAAUUGUUGCAACGGUGCGUAGCAAUGUAUGCUUGGGAGGAGCAGCAGCAUGUGAUCUUUCGGGGUUUAACGUGGACAGUUUGUUGUAAAUGAUCGCGUUUGGACUCCAGUAUUGUCGCCGUUGAAAUGCACAUGAAUGUAUCACGUUGUCAUUUUGAAGCUUACCCUCGACUGUAUACUUCAUUUGCUCAAUGGGAUUUUUUGACUUGUUUGAUGUUUUUAAAGAAGGGGAAUGGCUGAAUGUGUCCAUUCUGACAGCGUUUAUAUCCUCGUAAAGGUUUUUCAUGCAGCUUUUGUAUUGCAUCGCAUUGCGUCGUGCAGGUGCGUAGCCAAUGUAUUUGUGGCAGGCAGGCUCCCUUCAAAUUUAAAUGGAGUCGCCUCUGAUUUGGAUAGGGAAAAAAACGAAAUAGGUGGCAGUCCAAAAAGUUCGAUGUACUCACCGGCGCCUCGGAGCUGUGCCGCAAGGAAGUCGAGCGAACGAGUUGAUCGGCGCCAGAUAUCGUCCUCAUUAGGAGAGGCGAGAAAUGUUCCAACGGAAUGACGGCCAACUCUGAACUCGAAGGGCCUCGCGCGUUGGGAGGAGGACAAGAGCGCCCGAGUUGCUUCUGCCAUGAAAGAAUGUGCGCCGUCGAUGCCUUGAAGAUAGCAAAUCAGUCCUCGACAUGCUUGUCUACGUUCAAUUCGAACAGUUCACCAUCGGAAAUAUCGACGACCGGUGUGCACUCGUCUUUGACAAACAAAGAAAAUCGACACAAAAAAGAAGCAGAUUUACUUGAUUUUUAAAAAAUGGAUUUACGAAAAUACCGUGCGCACCCUUGCGCUCGAUAGGAAUUCUUUCUUUUCUGAACGUCUCAACCUAAAUGUCCGGGACCUGUUGAAUCGGAACGUAACAAAAUUGCGUUGAAUUAACUUGAGGGCGACCUCAUUUGCAUAAAUAUGUGCGCCUGGCUCAAGCGAACUUUGUAUGUUACGUUUCUCUUUCACAUUUUCUGUUGCCUUGAAAAAUACAAUUUUUUUGAGACAUCUCUAAAAAAAAGCCAACAACUUCCUUCAGGUGGAAUCUUGCUUACUUUUCUGCCAAUUCGGAUAUUCUCGGUGAGAAAAGAAACAAUAUUUGCCUGUUUGCCUGAAAUCCACCAAAAGAAAAUCCGUCGACUAUUUAGGAGCGACUUCCACCUGCUUUUGAUACAGUGAUACAUCGCAGUAGCAGUUAAAUAUAGAACCCCUCCAUCCAUGCAUUUUCUUCCGCUUAUCCGAGGUCAGGUCGCGCGGGCGGUAGCUUCAGCAGGGACGCCCGGACCUCCCUCUCCCACUUUACCCGGCUCUUCCGGGGGGAUCCCGAGGUCAGCGUGUCCUGGGUCGUCCCCGGGGCCUCCUCCCGGCGGGACGUGCCCGGAACACCUCACCGGGGAGGAGUCCUAAACCACCUCAUCCGGCUCCUCUCGAUGCGGAGGAGCAGCGGCUCUACUCUGAGCUCCUCCCGGAUGACCGAGCUUCUCACCCGUUCUCUAAGGGAGAGCCCGGACAUAGGUGAGGGUAGGAACGUGGAUCGACCGGUAAAUCGAGAGCUCUUCGCCUUCCGGCUCAGCUCCUCCUUCGACACAAAGUCCGCAUCACUGCGGACGCCGCGCCGAUCCGCCUGUCGAUCUGCCUUUCCAUUCUUCCCUCACUCGUGAACAAGACACCAAGAUACUUGAACUCCUCCACUCGGGGCAGGAUCUCAUCCCCGACCCGAAGAGGGCACGCCGCCCUUUUCCGAUCGAGGACCACGGUCUCGGAUUCGGAGGUGCCGAUUCUGAUCCCGGCCGCCUCGCACGCCGCUGCGAAGCGCUCCGGUGAGAGUUGGAGAUCACGGCUCGACGAAGCCAACAGAACCGCGGCGUCUGCAAAAAGCAGAGAUGCAAUACCGAGGCCACCGAACCGGACCCCCUCUACGCCUCGGCUGCGCCUUGAAAUUCCGUCCAGAAAAUUUACGAACAGAAUCGGCGACAAAGGGCAGCCUUGGCGGAGUGCAACCCUCACCGGGAACGAGUCCGACUUACUGCCGGCAAUGCGGACCAAACUCUUGACUCCGGUCGUACAGGGACCGAACGGCCCGUAUCGGGGAGUUCGGUACCCCGUACUCCCGAAACACCCCCCGCAGGCCCCCCCCCCGAGGGACACGGUCAAACGCCUUCUCCGAGUCCACAAAACACACGUAGACUGGUUGGGCGAACUCCCGCGCACCCUCGAGGACCCCGCCGAGGGUGAAGAGCUGGUCCGCUGGCCCGCGGCCAGGACAAAAACCAAACUGCUCCUCCUGAAAACGAGGUUGGACUCGAGGGGGGUCCGUCCCCCUGUAGUUGGAACACACCCUCCGGUCCCCCUUUCCACCACCACAGGCUGCCAAUCCAGGCUAACUAAAUAAUAAAUAAAAUAAACCACCUCUAAUUUAAUAAAUAAUAAUUUGAAACAACCAAAUUAUUUAGGGGGUGCUUAAGAACAUUUUUAGGGGGGCUAAGACCCUCCCCCAAAUGGCUUAACCACAAAGAAACAAAAGAUAUUUUUUUGAGACCAUUAACAUGAAGCCCCCCUAAAACAGACCUAGCGACGCCACUGGCCGCGCUUUUGCGAGAAGGUCAGAUUUCUGUGAUGAUACGCCGGUUAGGGUUAAAAAAAAAAAAAACCCCAAAAAAACCAAUAAUACGUUUUUAAAAAAUCAGCGGGUGUGAUAAUCGUGGCUUCUCCUAUGACUGUCUCCAUCACCGUUGUAUGGAAAUCCAGUUGAAUACAUAUAUUCAAGGUGCACAUCCAUUAAUGAAUCUCAAUAGGCAUGAAAAGACGGUUGCACCAGAUUGAGCAGAAAGCUCAUUUUCCAUCUGUGGGCCAAUGAGUUUUCUGCUCCGCUUAGCAACGAAACUACAACAUCCAAGUGAGCGCUGAUUUCAAAAUCGUUCUUUUUUCUUGCACCUCCCUUCAAGCCCUCCGGUCUCGCACUUAGAAUGUCGCCGGCUUAAAAAAAAGCCUUUCCCUCGUCCUUCCUGUUUUGUUUGGCUCGGCCAACAACGUCCCCGAGGCCGCGGACCCUGACAGCACGCGGUGGACAAAUGGGAGCGGCUAAUUCCGAACGUCCGGCGCCUCGUUGUGCUUAGCGUUUCAGACCGCCUGCGCCGACGAAUGUCUUUGCCACGACGCGUGGAAAGCAAAAGGGACUACGGGAGGAUACGAUUGACUCCAAUUGGGACUGCUUUGAAAAUGUAUAUCAUUCCUGAUGAUCUUCUCCAAUCGAUGCCGAUCCCGCAUGAUGUUCAUUUUGGCCGUAUGUGCUUUUCGCCGACGAAAUGGAAAAUGUACAGUGUGGCCCACAAUGUUUUGGAAUAGCUGGUAUGUGCCCAGUCCACUGCAGAGUCAACUGCUUCAUCACUUGUACUUUUUGCGCUAAGUGGUGCUUUUUGGUGGUGUGAUACCAUUUUCCUGUGUGAUCUAUAUAAGCAAUGUGAAUGUGUUUUUGUACAAUGUUUUUUAACGGCUGCUUUGUCUUUUUAAGGCAAUUAAAAUCAACAUGACAUCAAAAGAGGCUUAAAAAAAGCCUCCCCCCUCGUGCUUCCUGUUUUGUAUGGCUCGGCCAACAUUCCCGAGGCCACGGACCCCGACAGCAUGUUGUGGACGAGUACGCUGACAAAUGUCGACAGCUAAUUCCGAAUGUUCAGUACCUCGAUGUACUUAGCGUUUCAGACCACCUGCACCGCUGAACGUCUUCGCUACGACGCGCGGAAAGCAAAAGGCACUACGGGAGGAUGUUUGGCGACAAUUGGGACUUUUGAAAAUGUGCGGAAUUCCUGAUGAUCUUCUCCAAUCAAUGCUGAUCCUGCAUGAUGUUCAUUUUGGCCGUAUGUGCUUUUCUUUUCGCCGACGAAAUGUAAAAAAACGCAGACUCCACAGUGUGGCCCACAAUGUUUUGGAAUCGCUGGUGUGUGCCCAGUCCACUGCAGAUUCAACUGCUUCACUUGUACUCUUGCGCUAAGUGUUACUUUUGGUAUUGUGAUAACAUUUUCCCGCUUGAUCUCUCUAGCCAAUGUGAAUGUGUUUUUCGAGUGUUAUUUUUUAGUUUUUUCCCCCCCAAGAGUUAACGGCUGCUUCGUCUUUUUAAGGCAAUUAAAAUCAACGUGACAUAGAGGAAUUUAUUUGAAAA